GCCACAUGAGCAGUGCCACAUGAGCAGUGCCACGUAAGCAGUGCCACGUCAGCAACAUGACGGGCCUGCCAGGCCAAUUGGCCAAUGAGCCCAUUGCCGACUACAAAAAGCGCUUCCAGGCUCAGCUCGCUGCAAUCGAGGCUGAGGAACAACGCCAGCUGGCAGUCAAGGCUACCCAGCUACAGGCUGAAGAAGAGGCAACAGCAGAGAAGAUUCGGCUACAGGCAGAAGCUGACGCAGAUGCCCAGGCUCGCCGCAAGGAAGCCCAGGAUCUGCUGCAGCGGCAUGAAGCCAGCAACAUCGACAGACUCAAGUUCUGGCACUUUGAACCGAACAGCGACGAACCAACACCGGAAGAGAAGCAUAAGGAGUUCAUGGCCAAGCUCGUGACCAGGUUGGUUUAUACUUGUAACCACCUACAGUCCGAGCUGGCGAACCUCCAGCGGGCCGUGCGGAACCAUAAGACUCAGCACGAGGAUGCCACACGGGCACUGGAUGCCCGUGUACUGGACCUGGAACAGGCUGUCCCAGGACCAGAUGUUGGGGCUUCCAGCAGUGCAUCCUCUAGCCGCCAACUGGAGGAACGCGUUGACCACGUAGUGGCAAUGCUAGGAGACAUAAGUGCCUUCACAGAGCCGGCCACCAUCAGCCAGCGGUUCGAGUUGCUGGACACUAAGGUUAGUCAGCAACAGUCGACCGACCACAGCCACAACAACAGCUCGGCAAGGCCAUACAAGAUGCCGACGUUCCGGAUCGAGAAAUUUGAUGACUACACACAUCAAGACCCGGUCGUCUGGUGGCAAGGAUUUACAACGGAGUUGGGGAUCCACGAGGUCCCUGACCAUCUGUUCAUCAGUGCUCUAUUCAUCAACACCAAGGGAGGAUGUCAGAUCUGGCUCAGCCACAUGGCAACCAUCCACGGCGUCCAGGUUUCAGACCUGCAUAAGAAGGUCACCUGGGAGGAUAUGACAAAGGAAUGGAAGAAGCGGUUCAUAGUGGAUGACGCACCCGCGCUCGCCAUCAACCGCAUCUUCGCAAUGGCUCAAGAGAGCACACCGACACGUGACUGGCUCACGGAUUGGCAGAAGAUCGUGGCCACGCCCGAUCUGGACUUGCCAUUUCCGCAUCUGCGCCGUGAGUUCUACAACAGGUCAUGCGCCUCUCUUAGCCUCGCACUUGGUGAUCGCGAGCAGUACAACACUUUCGCAGAGAUCAUCAACAAGGCGAGAGAGAUCAUCAAGACCAACAGGGCGGCCGCACACGAGAAGUCAACGUGGCAGCCAACCUAUGUGGAGAAGGUACGAACUGGUCCGCGACAGCAGCAGUUCGCUGCAGUCCAAUUGGACAGUGGAGAAGACCCAGCAGCCACUCCAGCAUCACGUGAGGGAGAUCAGGUGGCUGCUAUCCAGCCGCGAAGCAACAAGCCCCGAGUGAACGGGAAGGCGAAACCAGCAUCGCAGGCCGAAAACGGACAGCCAGCACCACCAUGGGUCAAGUUCGGCUUGACCGAGGCCGAGUACAAGUACCACAACCGUUACGGCUGCUGUUACUGGUGCAACAGCACCAAGCACAAGACCUCCAUUUGCCAAGAUCAGGCCAAGGAGGAGGUGCGGCCUCUACCCACUCCGUUGAUGGACGCCGGAGUAGAGGUUGUCGACCUUCACGCCUACAUUGCGAAGAUCGACCGCGAGUUCAAGAUGCAACAGUACGACGACGUCAACGCACCAUUGUUAUACGUACGCAUUCAGAUCGGAGAGGUGACCUGCAGCGCCUUGAUCGAUUGCGGAGCUACUCGCAACUACAUCCCCCAGGACUUCAUGGUCCGCGCUGGCCUUGGCCCACGCGUCCGGAGGAAGUCCCAGCCUACGCAAGUCACGUUGGCGGACGGUCGCACGCACAAGUCAAUCGACCGGUGCAUCGACGACGUCCCAGUGUACUUUGCCCCUCACGCAAGUGAGGCGGUGUCCUUCGACAUUCUGGACACCAACUUCGACAUGAUCUUGGGCAUGUCAUGGCUGCGAAGCGAGGAUCACCCGGUGAACUUCCUCCACCGCACCGUUCACAUUCGUGAUCGGAACGGAGUACUAGUUCCAUGCACGGUACCUCUUCCUCAUCCUUCGAUCAGCCGCCACGUGGUAUCCGCCGCAAGCAUGCGAGCAUCCAUCAUCAGAGACGACAUCGAGGAGAUGGGGGUGUGUUUUCUCCACGCCCUCCCGCCCCGAGACGCUUCAUCGACGGACUCAUCUUCGAAUCCAUGCAUCACCGAACUUCUCGACGCCUACAGCGACGUGUUCGAAGGCCCGCACGGAGUAGUACCGGAUCGACCCAUCCGCCACGAGAUCAUCCUCGAGGACGGGGCCGUGCCUCCGCGCCGUUGCAUCUACCGAAUGAGCGAGGAAGAGUUAAGUACAAUCAGGAACGCUGACCAUCUCCCAGGCAUCGACGAUCUUCUCGAGCGACUGGGCGGCGCCAAGUUCUUCUCCAAGCUCGAUCUCAAGUCGGGAUAUCACCAACUCGAGAUUCGCAAGGAGGAUCGCUACAAGACCACGUUUAAGACGCGAUAUGGGCAUUUCGAAUGGAUGGUCAUGCCAUUUGGCCUUACGAAUGCCCCAGCCACUUUCCAAGCGGUUGUGGCAACGGAGUUCCGACACAUGAUGGAUCGUUUCGUACUGAUCUACCUCGACGACAUUCUAGUCUACAGUCGGAGUCUGGACAAGCAUGUGGAUCACCUGCGCACCGUUUUGGAGCGGCUACGACAGGCCAAGUACAAAGCAAACCGCGACAAGUGCGAUUUCGCAGAGCAGGAGCUGGAGUACUUGGGACACUAUGUGACGCCGCAAGGCAUCCGUCCGCUUGCGGACAAGAUCGAGGCCCUACGAGUAUGGCCCGAGCCCACCAACACCACGGACGUUCGUUCAUUCAUGGGGUUGGCGGGCUACUAUCAGCGAUUCAUCACCGGAUACUCCAUGAUUGCUGCACCUAUGACGAGGUUAYAGUCGCCAAAGGUGCCAUUCGUAUUCGAUGACAACGCACGCUGGUCAUUCCAAGCACUUAAGACGGCUAUGCUCAUGGCACCCGUCCUUAGCAUCUAUGACCCCACCCUGCCGGCGCGAGUGACUACAAACGCUUCCGGCUAUGGCAUUGGGGCAGUCUCGGAACAGCACGACGGCGACGACUGGCACCCUGUGGAGUAUUUCAGCCACAAAGUGUCUCCCAUCAACUCGCGUGAUGAUGCAAGGAAGGAGUUGCUCGCAUUCGUGAUGGCUUUCCAGCGCUAGCGACACUUCCUCCUUGGGCGUCGUAGGUUCACAUGGGUCACGGACAACAAUCAAUUGACCUACUACAA